AUGCAUCGCCUAAAUACCGUGAGCAAUCGACGAGCGUCCCUGGACCCCGGCGCUGAGACGGCGAAUGCGCUACGCUUGGCGCUGUGGUUACGGCUCGCGCACAGGAGCAUGCUGCGCUACACACGAAGUCAAACAGGUAUGGAAGCGGUCGCUCAAUUCAGGGGGGGACCAGUUAGAAUUGGUAUCAUUGGUGCCGGGAGAAUUGGUCGUGUUCACUGCGCGGCUUUGGCUCGCAUGAGCAACCUCGCGCAGGUCGUGGUUAUUGCGGACUUUAUCGAGCAGGCUGCCCAGGCGGCGGCGAAAGAGUUUCGCAUCCCGCGUGCAGUCAAAGACUGGCAGGAGGUUGUCCAGUCACCUGAGGUGGACGCUGUUAUCAUUUGUUCGCCCUCAGACACGCACUACGAAAUCAUCGUGGCAGCAGCGCGGGCAGGCAAACAGAUUUUUUGCGAGAAACCGAUCGACUACGACCUCGAGCGCAUCGAUAACGCGCUUUCGGAAGUGAAGCGCGCCGGUGUCCAGAUGCAAAUAGGGUUUCAGCGGCGUUUUGAUGCGAACUUCCGCCGGGUAAGGGAAGCUGUCGCCAGCGGGGAAAUCGGCGAGCCCUACUCACUGCACAUCAUCUCACGUGACCCUGCGCCACCUCCGCUUGCCUACUUGAAGCAGUCUGGGGGCCUAUUCUUUGACAUGAUGACGCAUGAUUUCGACAUGGCCCGGUUUACGAUGGGCUCAGAAAUCGUGGAAGUCGUUGCUGCUGCUGGAGCCAACCUGGUGGAUCCCCAGAUCGGUGAGCAAGCGGGCGAUAUCGACACCGCGAUUGUGACCCUGCGGUUCGCGAACGGCGCCAUCGGUACGAUCGAAUGCUGUCGAAAAGCCGCUUAUGGUUACGACCAGCGUAUUGAAAUUCACGGAUCGAAGGGAAAUGUGUCCACUGCGAAUAACUUUCCGAACAAUGCGACGUUGCAGGAUGGUGCGAGUGUACGUCGCGACCUGCCACUGAACUUUUUCAUGGACCGCUAUCGCGAUGCCUACGCUUUAGAAAUGGAGACUUUUGUGCGUUGCAUUAUGGAAGGAAAGGCGGUGCCGGUGACCGGGGAGGAUGGGCGUAUGCCGGUGGUGCUCGCUUACGCAGCGAGAAAGAGCAUGAAGGAGCGCCGCGCCGUGCGUAUCGGCGAGUUUAUGUCCAAACUUUGA